UUUAUACCAUACUCCACAAUGGCUGAUAACGUAGCCACGUUGACCUCUGCCAUCAACACCGCUGUGGCCAAUCUAGCUGGCAAGGAUGAAAUCCCGGAGGCAGCUCGGUACCAGCUUCUCGAGGCAAUUGACAAGCUUCGCGUUGCUGUGGAGCCGCCCCUUCUCACCAUUCGGAAUUUCUGCUUCGGUCAUCAUAGCCUAGUUGCCAUUCGUGUCGCCAUGGGAAUGGGUAUAUUUGAUGCCUUCGCCUCAACGAAGAACGGUGAAAUGACCGCUGAUGCGCUGAACGAGAAGACGAAGGGGGACAAAGGCCUCUUGGUGCGUAUCAUGCGGGUGCUGUGUGCGAACCACAUCUUCCAAGAGACGGGGGUGGAGAAAUACCACCAACUGCCGCUAGCCAUCAUGUUUGCUACUGAUAGUCCACCCAGCGAGGUCAUCAAACAUUUCCAUUCGGACAUGAAGGCCUCGGUACACUCCUAUGACUAUUUCGAGGCAAGAGGAUACCAGAAUCCUGAAGACGCCUACGACACGACCUUCCAGCUUGCUUUUGGAACCAAGGAACAUUACUUUGAGUGGCUACAGCACAACCCGGAGGAGCUACAUGCCUUCAACACUGUGAUGGAGAUCGGCAAUCGCUCCUUGGAAGGUGUGCAAUGGUAUGAUUACUAUCCAUGGCAGGAGAAGCUGGCUACUACCAGUGGUACAGAUCGUGUCCUCCUGGUGGACAUCGGCGGUGGCAAGGGCCAUGACAUUUCCGGCUUCAAGCGCAAGUAUCCUGAGAUAAAACACCAGCUGAUAGUGCAGGAUCUCCCCAAGGUCAUCGAGGACAUCCAAGAGCCGCUCAUUGAAGGUAUAAAAGUCAUCGGAUAUAAUAUGUUUGAUCCACAACCCAUUAAAGGGGCUAAGGCAUAUUAUAUGCGAACUGUUUUACACGAUUGGCCUGAUAAACAAGCCCUACAGGCUCUUAGCCGUGUUCAUGAUGCUAUGGCCACCGACUCAGUACUACUGAUCAAUGAAAACGUCUUGCCUGAGAUCAAUGCGCCCGGAUUUUCAUCCUCGAUGGAUAUUAUAAUGAUGGAGCUCUAUGGAUCUCUGGAACGGACGGAAAGGCAGUGGCUUGCACUAUUGGAGAAGGCGCAGUUUAGGGUUGUCAAAAUAUGGCGGUCGGGUUUUCAGGGAACUGGUUCCAAUGCGUUAUUCGAGGCGGUGCCUGUUUGAGUGUUGGGGAAUCUUCAUG